AACACUCAUUUCAAAAUUGCGAAACCAUGAAGAUCUACACGAUGCCCAUCUCUCAGCCCUGCAGGGCCCUGUCAUGGGCCUGCAUCUAUGAGGGUCUGAAGGUUGAAGAGAUCCAGACGAUGCCCGGGAAGGACACUCGUUCUCCAGAGUUCACGAAGCAAGGUGUGAUCCCAGCUGUUCCUCGUAUGGAUGAUGAUGGCUUCAUUCUGAACGAGAGCCAUGCCAUCAUGGUAUACCUUGGGGAUAAGUUCAACUGGAAACUCUAUCCCAGCGAUGCCAAGACGCGCGCUAGAAUCCACCAGUACAUGAAUUGGCAUCAUCAGAAUACCCGGCGCAUCACCAUGGCUCUCUUUGCGCCAGUGAUGCGGCCGGAUCUGAAGAUUUCCGCAGAACAGACCAAGCAGUGGUCCAAGGAAAUUUUGAGCACCUUGCGAUCCCUUGAGCGAUGGCUGAACGAGAGCCCGUGGCUCUGUGGUACAAGUCCAACUGUGGCGGAUUUGUCUUGCUACUGCGAAGUGGCUCAGUGCUUGGAUAAGUUCACAGGACUCUUCGAAUUGAAUGGAAUCGAUCUGAAGGGCUAUCCAAAGCUGAUGCAAUGGUUGAACGCCUGCGAAGAGCUCCCUGGUUUCGAAGAAGCUCACGCCGCCCUGAAGAAGUUUUCGCCUGCCAUUCGAGGCAAGGCGGAGAAAGCGAAGGCAAAGCUGUGAGGCCACGAGCCACGGCAAAGUCAAGCUAUGAUUUCACUUUUCGGAUGGAACAGCCAUGGGCCAUGGUCAUUUGAAAAUCUGAGGGGAUGCAGCAACGGGUUUUGGAUCCAUGGGGUCCCCUGAUUGACCGC